GGAGAAGACACGUGGCUAAAAGAAUGCAAUUUGACCAUGGGCACAUCUCGACAAAGGUGGGUUUCUAUAUGCUAUUGUUUUGCAAGUGAUUUUUCAGUUAGGCUAUGUGUCUGAUGGGAGAACUUGAAAAAUUAGGGAAAAGCUUUUUGAAUAAUCUGGAGCACGUUUGGGGUGACUGAGAGUACCCACAAUGGAGGGAAUCAGUGAUGAGGAAGCAGAGGACACUCCAUCGACACCAUUGUCUGACAGCAAAGGGGACAGUCAACAGACUGAUACACGUGGUAAAGAGACACAACUGGAGAGCUUUUUGGAGGAACUGGGGUUAAAGCAGAACAUCACAGAGAAGCUGUCCCUGAGGACGGUACUGCAGAUUGAUGAGAAGACCAUUAGUGAUAAACCUGCCAAGUGUAAUUCAGAUCUUCCAUGGUAUUUUCUGAAGAAGCUAAUGAUGGUUAAUGUGACAGCAAGGAAUAUGAAAUGUACAUCUGCAUGCGAGUCAAACUGUGAUGCUGCGUCAGGAGAGUUGGAUCUUGAUAAUCUCGUCACCAGUCUAGAUUCAGAUGAUAUGCUAAAUCCCCUUGACAUAAUCACUGCUCUUUUUCUGUGUUCUGAUGGUUUCGUACAGCAGGAAAUGGCUCUCAAAAUGUCUAUGUGUCAGUUUUCUGUGCCUCUGUUGCUUCCCAACUGCGACACAAAGCAGUGCACACUCAUGCUUUGGGCCCUGAGAGACAUUGUUAAAAAGUACAGACCUCAGUCACAUUCAGAAUCCAAAGGAUUUAUUGAAGACAGAAUUGUUGCCUCUAAACUUCCAAUGAUAUCUUUUGUGAGACUGGGUGAGUGCUCCUUGUCCAAGUCAGAGAUCCUCAACAAGCUUCUGAGUAAUUCUCAGCAGUACCAUGACACCUUUGUUCACCGUGACAUGGAGUGUGGUGACAGUCCAAGGAGAAUAUCCAAUGGAUUGGCUGAAAUGACUUGGUACCUUCCUUGCGGGAACAAAAACAUGGAUGUCUUCAGUGAGCCAGUAGCUGUAGCUAACCUUCGUGGGGACAUUGCUUCAUUUGACAUACAAUUUUCUUUUCUGUGUCAGACAUCUGCAGCAGUUUUUGUGUUCUUUGACACUUUGGACUCUGAGUGCGAGCUGCUUACCAACCAACCACACAAGGCACAGAUCUUCUUGGUGGGUAACCAUCAAAGCAAGGGUUUUAGUUUAGAUGCUGUAAAAAAGGUAGCAACCAAGUUGAACUUAAAUAACAGCAACAUCCUUUUGAAGGCUAAGCACAUGAAUGAUGCAGACUUCAUAAAAAAAUUGAGGAAAAUGGUCAGCAAUGUAAUUGAACACUCAAAGAUGAAGAUGGGAAUUGAGCAGAUGGCUGACAUUGCCCAUGAACUGGGAAUCACUGUUGAUGAAGACUCUUCAGAGUGCCAGACUGCCAAGCAAAAUGCAGAUGCGAUCACUGCAGAAAUUAAAGCUAUCCUGCAAUACAAAGAAGCUCAGCUACCAUUGCAAGGCCAAAUAUGGAAGGAACUGACUCGCUUGGAGAAGGAACAAUUUCGGCUUCGAAAUGUUGGAUCUGAGAACAUAGAAAUGUACAAAAGUGAUCUUCAAGUACAGAAAACAAAACUUCGGGAAAAACAGAACUCUUAUGACAUGUCAAAUGCAAUGACAUGUUUCAUAAACGCAAUAUCAAGCUCAGGGAUAGAGAGGCGCUAUUUCCUGAAAUGGCUGCGAAUGAACCUUGAUAACCUGUCCCGAGAAACUCUGUCUGACCUCAGGGAGCAGUACAAAAAGAAAUGCAAAAACUCUGAGAACAAAGAGGAGAUCAAGGAAAUUGACAAACAACUUUCCAACUGCUCUCUGGGAACUGAACACUUCUUCCGUGAAAUGGGUCAGAUCUAUCAAGCUUCACUUUCCCUUCCAGAAACAAACCCGUCACGUAAACAAUUACAGAACCUCCCCAAACUAUGUGCAGAAUUGUUGCUUGAUGGAUUUCCCCUUGAGCUUGUAGACGGAGAUGCAUCCAACAUACCUCUCAGAUGGGUGAGUGACGUUCUCUCUCAGCUCAAUGACUUGGUGUCUCCUCAGAACAAGAUACUGGUAGUCACAGUUCUUGGAGUUCAGAGCACAGGAAAAUCCACUCUCCUCAACACCAUGUUUGGAGUGCAGUUUGCAGUCAGCAGUGGUCGAUGCACUCGAGGUGCCUUUAUGUUGCUCAUCAGAAUCAAUGAAGAUUUAAAAAAAGAACUCAACUGUGACUUCAUGAUGAUCAUUGACACUGAGGGCCUAAAGUCACCAGAGCUUGCACAACUGGACAACAGCCACGAGCAUGACAACGAGCUAGCAACACUUGUUGUAGGGUUGAGUGACAUCACCAUCAUCAAUAUUGCAAUGGAGAAUUCAAUAGAAAUGAAGGACAUCCUACAAAUAGUUGUGCAUGCUUUUCUCAGGAUGACAGAGGUGGGCAAAACUCCCAAAUGUCAGUUUGUUCACCAGAAUGUGUCGGAUGUUUCAGCCCAUGACAAGAACUUACGAGACAGGAAACUGCUCUUGGAACAGUUAAACGAGAUGACCCAGGCAGCAGCCAAAAUGGAAAAGAAAGAGGAGAACAUCAGCUUCACUGAUGUGAUGGAGUACAAUCCAGACACUGGCAACUGGUACAUUCCUGGACUGUGGAAUGGAAACCCACCAAUGGCACCAGUCAAUGCAGGGUACAGCGAAGCUGUUUAUGAGCUCAAGAAGAACAUAAUCCACAUUUUGGGAAGUUGCAAGUCAUCUGCUAAUAAUAUCUUGGAGUUUACAGAGUGGAUGAAAAGCCUGUGGAAUGCAGUAAAGCAUGAAAACUUCAUCUUCAGCUUCAGAAACAGCCUGGUGGCUGAUGCAUACAUGAGACUCUGCACAGAAUUCAACAAAUGGGAAUGGAACUUCAAAAAAGAGAUGUACACGUGGGUUACAAAUAAUGAAACAAGAAUCUCCAACUUUGGAAAAUUUGCUGUGGAAUCUGAGACAUCUGAACCGGCACAAAGGUCUGAGAUAUCUGACGUUUCAGAACUUCUCAAUGAUUUGAAAAGUGAAGCAUUGACAGAGCUGUCUGAACGGGAGAAAAAAGUUCUUGAGAAUUUGACACAGUACUUCAAGCAGACAGAGGGCCAUGUCUAUCUCGUUGAAGGGUACAGACAGGAAUUUGAAAACAGCGCAAAGAGCCUUCGAAAAGAAAUGCAGAACUCUGUGGUUAAUCAACUCACAGCAGCAGCUGACACCAAAAAGGGAAUGACAGAAAUUGAUAGAAUCAAGGAGAACCACACAAAAGAAUUAGAAGGAAGGUUGUGUGGCUUGAUUGUUGAAUGUCGGAAAAAAAAUGUUGAGAUGACAGAGAACGAGCUGGACAAAGAAUUUGAUAAGAUGUGGAAUAAAAUGGUGAACGAACUAUCAUUUUCUAAGCAAAAGCCCACAAAUGUCAUUGCAAGGGUGAACCACUACCUGAGAGACAAUCUAUCUCGUAAGGGGAGUCAUGUAUGUCAACUAUUAAGUGAAAAGAACCUGAAAGAUUGUGGACUGGAUCCUUUCAAAUAUUAUACAGCAGAUGGAUAUUGUAAAAAACAAUUCAAGAAACUGUUCAACAUGGAAGAUCACGUAAAAACUGUACAACAAAUAGCUGACAGCAUCAUAACUGAUUGCACACAGUUUGUGACUGACAAAAUGCAAAAAAAGAGCAACUACCAUGACACUUACAUCCAGGAGAUCCUACACAUGAUUGAUAAGAAGAUGCAGAACAACAAGAAUGUAAAGACAGAGAUCGAGUUUGAAGUUUCUCUGAAACAGCACAUCUGUGGCAAUGCAGCCAGAAGCUUUCAGGAAAUGCAUGAACAUUUCUUACAUGUGAAUGAUCCCUCCACAUGUCUUGAUGAUAACAAAAAGGACUUUUGUAGUGCUUUUAAAGAUGCGUUCCAAAAACGAGACCAAUGCCAGAAGAAGGCAGAAGAAUUCACAAAGCAGUACUUGCUCCCUGCAGUCGAAGACUUUGUCAAACGUUCUCUGGGUCUUGAUAUCAUUGGUGAAAUGAAGACAUGCGAGCAGUUCAGCACACGGAUAUUUCUCCAGUAUUCAAUUUUACUGGAUUUGCUCUCAAAAGACGACUUUGGAAAGUAUCUUAGCUAUAUUAGCUCCUAUAAGGAGUAUGUAAAGGAAUGGAUACUCAACCAAAUAGUGGAACGUUUAUCAAAAGACUCUACGAUGUUCAAGCUUGAGGACAAACAUGUUCAGUCAAGUAUCAGGAGCAUAAGUGAUGCUAUCGACAAAGCAAAUACAGAGAAGAGUGGCAACUUGAAGACAUUUGUUAAAAAUGUCUGUCUUGGUACUCCUAAACUGAAUAUUUCCAAGGAUGCUCUGAAUGCUUUCUUGAUCCUGGAAAAUGCUGAGCAGGAUCAGGAACAGGAACAGAAGAAACAGGAACAGUUUGCUUACUGGCUCACUGAGUGUGUGAAGGACAUCGCAGAAGCUCUUAGAAAGAAAUAUAAAUCAACAAACAUCCAUGCUAAACUAAAGAAUCUUGACAAAAGCCCUCAGAACCAGCUUUUCACCGAUCUGAUUGGAUGUGGUGAACAGUGUCCAUUCUGCAAAUCGCCUUGUGAGGCAGGAGGAAGCGCCCACAAUGUGCACAUGGCUUCACUGCAUCGGCCACAUGGUCUCGGUGAAUACAGAUGGAGUUUGACAAACAAACUUACAAUUGACAUAUGCUCUUCCUCUGUGGUCAGUGACGUUUGUUUUUGCUGCAAUGCUACAAAUGGUCAAUUUCACCCUUUCAAGGAAUACAAAAAGAUUUUCCCGGGCUGGAACAUUGCUCCAGAUGCAAGCCUCCAGGCAUCAGACUCCUGGAAAUAUGUAAUGGCAAAGUUCAAUGAUAAGUUUGCUAAAGAAUACAAAGCAGAUGCUGCUGAUAUUCCUGCAACUUGGAAAAGUAUCACUCAUGAGCAAGCAGUGACAAGUCUCAAAAAGUCAUUUCUCCUCAAAUGAGAAAGUCCAUGUGUUGUGGUCACAGAGGUGCACACCUCCUCAAUACAUUCAUUAUCUUCUCAUGGAUAUUUAGAUUUUAUUUGUGUAAUAUGAUAUAGAAAAGAGGCAUGUACUAGAUACAUAUAUAGCUUACAAUAGUAAAAUGUAAGAAAGUCACUGCAAUUUGUUUUAUUUCAUUGAAUUAUCUGAUGCAAAAUAUUUUCUUUUUUUCAGUCUUUAUGUGGAAUUAUCACAAUACGAGUUUGUAUCUGAUUAAGUAUGAUGUGUGAUGUUUUCUAGAAAGUUAGAAUCUAUGUGUUUUUGUUUCUGUGAAGUAUCUGAUGCAAAAUAUUAAUAAUGACCAUAUAUCACGGAGUGAGCUAUUGCUUUUAUAAAACGGUGUGCCAAGUGUGGCAAUAUGAAAGAAAAAUACACAC